GUGUUGCAUCAUGUUUAGUGUUGCAUCAAAUUCAUGAAAAGGAUUACAAAUACCGGAGAAGCACAGAGGGGAGUUCAGGAUCAGGGAAUGGCAACGGCGUCGUUUCUGCGCAACCGAUACUGGAUUCUCAGGCAUGGCAAGAGCAUCCCAAAUGAGAAGGGCCUCAUUGUGUCCUCUAUAGAAAAUGGUAUCCUUCCGGAGUAUCAACUUGACCCCGAGGGUGUUGAACAGGCACGGUUGGCUGGAAUACAGUUCUUAAAGGAAUUGAAGGAAAAUUCUAUUUUGCUCGAAAAUGUUCGGAUUUGCUAUUCACCAUUCUCUAGAACGAUUCAUACAGCUAAAGUUGCUGCAUCUGUACUGAAUCUUCCAUUUGAAGAUCCCCAGUGUAAGAUGAUAGAGAAUCUGAGGGAACGCUACUUUGGUCCUUCUUUUGAGCUCUCCUCUCAUGAGAAAUAUGAAGAUAUCUGGGCUCUUGAUGAGGAAGAUCCAUUCAAGCGGCCUGAAGGUGGAGAAAGCGUUGAAGAUGUUGCUUCAAGGCUUGCCCAAGCAAUUCUUGAAAUUGAGUCACUAUUUCAAGGGUGUGCAAUCUUAGUGGUAAGCCAUGGGGAUCCCCUACAAAUUUUUCAGGCAAUGAUGGGAUCGGCCGCCAAGCAAGAUGGAUCAACUUCUUCUAAUGAUUUGUCGUCAAUAUUCCAAGCCCUCAUUACCAAACCAGUUCUCUCCAACCACCGACAAUUUGCACUCCUCACCGGAGAACUUCGACCUCUCCCUUGAAUUCCCAUAACUUCUCAAAGGAUUUAUUCAAGGAACAUCAUAGCUUAAAUGAUGCUUCUUUUUUUUUUU